AUGAAGUCUUUUACUCUCGUUGGUGGCCUUUUGGCUGCUUCAUCAUCUGUGGUUGGACAUUCUAUUUUCCAGGAUCUAUGGGUUAACGGCAAAGAUCAAGUCUCAACAUGUGCCCGUCUACCAGUUAGCAACAGCCCCGUGACCAGCGUCUCAAGCAACGACAUCCGCUGCAACGCCGGCACCAAACCCGUGACUCCCCUCUGCACCGUCCCAGCAGGCGGAACCAUCACCGUCGAAAUGCACGCCCAACCAGGCGACCGCGUCUGCACCAAAGAAGCUAUCGGCGGAAACCACUUCGGUCCAGUCAUGAUCUACAUGUCCAAAGUAGCCAGCGCCGCCUCCGACCCCGGCUCUGGAUCAUGGUUCAAGAUCUCAGAAGAAGGUUAUAACCCAAGCACCAAGAAAUGGGGAACAGACUCCCUAAACGCCAACUGCGGAAAGCGAACCGCAACCAUCCCUUCGAGCCUCGCACCAGGAGACUACCUCGUCCGCGCCGAAGCCAUCGCUCUGCAUUCUGCCAGCUCAGCGGGCGGUGCGCAGUUCUACAUGACCUGCUAUCAAGUUACCGUCACUGGUACCGGAACUGCGAAUCCUGCUGGUGUCAAAUUCCCUGGAGCAUACAAAGCCAACGACCCAGGAAUCCAAAUCAACAUCUACAACAACUUGCAAAGUUACACUAUUCCUGGCCCGGCUGUUUGGACUGGGUAG